CCCUAUAUAUAAGCUCGUUCAUUCACCAAAUACCCACCAAGAAACCAUCACCAAACUCUGCUCUAACUCCAUUACCAAGAACAAGGGCUCUUGGUGCCUGGUUCUUGAUUUAUAACCAGGUCUUUUGUGUAAUUUUUGCUGGGUUUGAUAUUGGGAUCCUGGGUUUGUUUUGUUCUGUGUUUUUGGUUGGCAAUGGCUGGAACUGGAGUGUUCGCAGAGAUUUUGGAUGGAGAUGUGUAUAAGUACUACUCUGAUGGGGAGUGGAAGAAAUCUUCUUCCGGCAAGAGUGUUGCCAUUAUCAACCCAACUACGAGAAAAACUCAGUACAAAGUUCAAGCUUGUACACAAGAAGAGGUAAAUAAGGUCAUGGAGCUAGCAAAAUCUGCACAAAAAUCAUGGGCAAAAACUCCACUCUGGAAGCGAGCUGAGCUUCUUCACAAAGCUGCUGCUAUCCUCAAGGAGCACAAAGCUCCCAUUGCUGAAUGCCUUGUCAAAGAAAUAGCAAAACCAGCCAAGGAUUCUGUGACUGAGGUUGUAAGAUCUGGAGAUCUAGUUUCUUAUUGUGCUGAAGAAGGAGUUAGAAUUCUUGGGGAAGGAAAGUUCUUGGUGUCUGAUAGUUUCCCUGGAAAUGAGAGGACUAAGUACUGCCUUACUUCCAAGAUUCCACUUGGAGUGGUUUUAGCCAUUCCACCAUUCAAUUAUCCUGUUAACCUAGCUGUUUCAAAGAUUGCUCCUGCAUUAAUUUCUGGAAAUUCCCUUGUGCUUAAGCCUCCAACUCAGGGGGCAGUUUCUUGCCUUCAUAUGGUGCAUUGCUUCCACUUGGCUGGUUUUCCUAAAGGACUUAUCAGCUGUAUCACUGGGAAAGGCUCUGAGAUCGGUGACUUCCUUACUAUGCAUCCUGGUGUGAACUGCAUCAGUUUUACUGGUGGUGAUACUGGAAUUUCAAUUUCCAAGAAGGCGGGAAUGAUCCCACUUCAGAUGGAAUUGGGAGGAAAAGAUGCUUGCAUUGUGCUUGAAGAUGCUGAUCUUGAUUUGGUUGCAGCAAACAUAAUAAAAGGAGGAUUUUCCUACAGUGGUCAAAGAUGUACUGCAGUGAAGGUUGUGCUAGUGAUGGAGUCCGUUGCAGACGCCCUUGUCGAGAAGGUGAAAGCAAAAGUGGCAAAAUUGAUAGUUGGUCCGCCCGAAGAUGACUCCGAUAUAACUCCAGUCGUAUCAGAAUCAUCUGCAAAUUUCAUUGAAGGGCUAAUAAUGGAUGCUAAAGAGAAAGGAGCAACCUUUUGCCAAGAGUACAAGAGAGAAGGAAACCUAAUCUGGCCCUUGUUGUUAGACCAUGUUAGGCCAGACAUGAGGAUUGCUUGGGAGGAGCCAUUCGGACCAGUCUUGCCAGUCAUAAGGAUCAAUUCUAUUGAAGAAGGAAUUCACCACUGCAAUGCUAGCAACUUUGGAUUGCAGGGUUGUGUGUUCACGAAAGAUAUUAAUAAAGCAAUACUGAUAAGCGAUGCAAUGGAGACGGGAACAGUUCAGAUAAACUCUGCACCGGCACGUGGACCGGACCAUUUUCCUUUCCAGGGUUUGAAGGACAGUGGUAUUGGAUCACAAGGUAUUACCAACAGCAUCAACAUGAUGACCAAAGUGAAGAGCACUGUCAUCAACUUGCCAACCCCUACUUACACCAUGGGUUAGUGCCACCCAUUAGAUAAUAUAUAUAUAUACACUACAUACAUAAUCACAACUGGUAGUGUUUUAGCUGAUUGUUAAUUAAUGGGUAAUAUAUAUAUAUAUAUAUAAGAAUAUGUAUGGUUAGGUAAUGAUGAAUAAUGGGUAACUAUGAAUCUGUGUGUGAUCAAAUGUACUACCUUCUUGAUGAAUCAUGAAAUUGAUUCUCUCUGUUUACCAAUUGGUUUAAGCUUAA